UGUUAACGCUUAUCAACACCGUCUCUUCGCGCCUUUUUUCCCUCGGCACAUUGUGCUUACAUUUUUUGCACCGAAAAACUCGGUUAAAAUGACUAUAAUCGACUGAAUUGGUCACCGAAUUAGUAGUAUCCCAUUGGGGCCCGAGUACCGUUAGAAAGGGGAGCGUGACCAACGCGACGCCAGUGCGAUCGCGGCAGUGUGUGUGCGUGUGCGGGAGUGUAACAAAUACGAAAGACGAAAAUUCGCUGCGAAGGUAGAUCAGAUCUCAUUAUUAUUGUAUUGUUGUCUUUUGCUUUCGCCCCCACCGAUCUUCAGUUGCGACCUUAUGAGUUUGGCUUUCGUAUAAUCCCUAGAUUUCCAUCGCUUAAGUACUUAGAUCUUACAAAAGAAAACUACACCAUACACAAACACACGCACACACUCAGCAGUAUGCAUUAAACAAAAAGUAAUAAAAAAACUAAAAACCAAAAGACACCCAAUAAAAUGACCGAUGUAAAUUGUCUUACAAGUGAGCACAUUGCAACCGCCACCACUGCGAGUCCACCGGGAACUCCCGCCAAAAAUGCUGGCAGGGAUCUCGACGAACCCACCUCGCCGUUCGUUUUGAGAGCACCGCCCAGCGCCAAGUCCAAACUGAUCCUUCAGAACAUGGAGGAGGUGCUCCACUCGGUGAAGCAGAAGCACCGGGAGAAGCACAAGCGGAAAAGGGAGGAGAAGCGCCGAGCGGCCCUCUUGGAGGACCAGAAGAAAUCCUCCCAGGAGGCCGGUAGGCCGGAAAAGGAGAAACCCCAGCCGCUGCGAGAGAAAUCCUCUCAAGAAAAUGGCCUCAAGAAUGGCCGGCGGCGCUCCAGUCCUCUAAAGUCCAGCACUCCGGUGGCCGACAGCCAGAGCAUCAUGAAGCACUUCGCCAAGGCGGGCAAGCCGGAGAAUCUGGCUGGCUCACCGGUGAACACCGCCAAAGCCAAACCAGCCACCAAUGUUUUUGAGUUCAUGAUGAAUGCCCGCAAUCGCUCCAUAGGAGUUAACGAAGGUGGCACCGAAUCCACAGCGGAUCCAGAAGUGGCCAGUGAAGCAGCCACGCCAACGACCAAGCGAAAGCUGCUCCUCCAGGAGUGGAACGAACGCAAGGGUGGAGCCAAGAGGAGACUGGCGGAUGAGUCUCGCGGGGAGUACAUCGAAGUGCAGAUGGAGCAAAGGGCCAAGAGAUUGAGGAAAAUGCUGACCAAGACUGACCAGAAGGAGGUGACGGCACCUUUGUCGGCGCCCACAGAUGCAGCAGUAAAGCGUUCUAGAGGUCGGCCCCGCUCCCGACGACUGAGUUCCGUGGAUGCGCAGCCCCAGAUUGUCGUAGAAACCAAAUCCCAAGAUCCCGAGACAGAGGAGUUCCUCUCCAAGCUUUCGUCGCCCACGAAAAAGCGUGACAGCCUGCUUGGCUACUUUGCCAAAGUGGAAUCGCCCAAGGAGCUGACCGAGAAGGUUACCAUUGCGAUAGAAACUCCACCCAUGGAAACGCCCAAGCGAAGAACGCAGCGAAGAAAGAGCCAGGCGGAGACACCCAUCAUAGAAGCAGAAUCCACUCCUUCGUCGCGACCAAGACGCUCGUGUGCGGGAAAGGCGCGCUACGACUAUGACCUGGAAGCGAGUCCUGCCAAGCAACAAAAGGCCAAGUUGCCAAAGGCAGAGGAGUCCAUUGAGGUUAUCGAUCUGGACAGCAGUAGUGCAGCUGCCACGCCAAAGAAACUAGCGCCGCUUUUUGUCCGUCAAUUGCCAAAGCCCAGUCCGGAUCCUUCGGUUCUGAAAGCUCGACAGGCUUUCCUGCAAUCCGGCGUGCCUGAUAAAAUUCGGCAGGAGCAAAACCGUCAAAAGAACUACGAGCAGAUGUACGAGGAAAGCUAUGAGGUGUUUCCCAGAUUGGCGCAUAUAGGUUGCGAAAGCUUUGUCUCUGCAAAUGAACCUCUGCAGCUGCCCUUUGCUUUGAGGGCAGAAGAGGAGUAUAUAGAGGUUGGCACAACCUUACCCUUUAACAAACGACGUUCCAAAACGAGUAGCAUCACCAGCUGCCUGGCCGCGGAUUUUACAUCUAGCAAAAGUUUUAACAAGUUCAAUUACGCUACUCUGCCCCAACUUGAAAACAAGCGCGGCUUUGUUAAACUCUGGAAGAACGACUUCGAUCGCUUUCCCACAUUCAAGUGCUACAAUCAGAUGAGGGAAAAGUAUCGCCAUUUUAGCGCCAUCGACAGUGCGCAGGAUACGCAACAAAUGGGCGAAUCCUUGGUGGUUACGCGGCGCACCCGCCGCUCCAUGGAGCAGAAUAUGGUCCAGACUGAUGAGGAGGCGAAGCCACCACCCUCGGCUCCCAAUGGUGAGCUGCUUUUCACCGAAAAGUACAAACCGCUGCUGUUCGAGCAGGUUCUAGUGAAUCUAACGCCCGUGCAGGAGCUGAAGGAAUUUCUGUCCGCCUGGAGUGGCAAUGGUGGCAGCAAUCGCAACUCACAGGGCAUGGACGACACCUUUGACAUGAGCAGCGAUUCGGCAUCAAUGGGUUCAAAUAGCAACACAAUGGUGCUGGUGGGACCUUCGUCCAGUGGCAAAACCAAUGCAGUUUUCACAUUAGCCAACGACAUGAACUUUAAUGUCCUCGAGAUAAAUGCAGGAAUGAAGCGUACGGGCAAGAAGCUGAUACAGGAACUCCAGGAGGCCACGCAGUCGCACCAGAUAAGGAAGGACAGCAAAACGGGCGGAGGAUCCUCGCAGCAGUUGCUCCAAAAGUUGCAAAAGAGUGGUUUUAAAGCGAAAGCAGCCGCCGUUGAACCACCACCCGAAGUGCGAAAAUCUCUUAUACUAAUAGAAGAUGCAGAUAUCCUUUUCGAUAACAUGGAUGCUGGUUUUACGGAUGCAAUUUACACGUUGGCCGCCAGUUCAAAGAGGCCCGUAAUUGUAGUGGCCACGGAUCCAAAUUGCGCGCAUCUGCAGCGUCUUAUGCAGCAGAAUGUGGUCCACUUCCAGCCUCCAAAUGCGUUGAACAUCUCCCGAUUCCUAGCUGUCCUAUCGCUGAUGGAAAACUGUCCCAUCGAGCUGGACGAAUUGAUAUCCCUGUAUCUGUACAAUCAGCAGAAUCUGCGCAAGACGUUAAUGGAGCUGCAGUUUUACAUUCAGAGUGGUGGAGAUCCAAGUGGCGGUAAGCCGGGUGGCAUUAAAUCGCCCACCAAAUCCUCACAUAGCCGGCUGGCCACCGUCGAUGGCAGUCGCAUCCAUCAGCGAUUCUUUGAGUUCUUUACAAGCCCACAGAAUAUCCAGCAUAGGAUACCCUUUCCCUUGGACUUUAACCUGCUGCGUUUAAAUCUCACCGAACUGAUAUCUAGUUCUCCGCUGCUCAAGGAACAGCCAUCAGGCGGCGGAAGUAGAAACACUGCCAAGCGAAAGUCGCGCUCUCCAAAGAAAGCCUGGCUUAGCAGCGCCACUGGGCAAAAGAACGAUGGCUAUAGUUCUUCCCUCGCCACGCUGGCCUCAUUCUAUGACAACAUUUCGAUGGCUGCUCUGAUGGAGUCCGAUUGCAGUGAUCGCUUGCAGUGGCACCUGUCCGAGGACAUCGCGCACCUGCUGGUGGAGCAGGCUCUCCAAACUGGACUCGCGGCCAAGGAGUGCCCCUACAACCUAUUCGACAAGCCAGCUCACAGAGUAACAAUUUGCGAGCACCUAGGCAAUGGAGUUAUGCGCUCCGCCUCCGCCAAAUCGCUGGACUUUGAGCCGACCCUGCGCUCCAUCUGCCGCAGUGAAAAGGAGAGGGCAGGACAGGAACGGAAGUCGAGUAGAUUCUAUCACUACCUGCGGAACCACACGGUGAACGUAACCAGUUUCACGAUGGAGUACUUCGACGCAGCCUGCAGUAGUUUCCAAACGAUCCCCAACAGCGAACCACCGACGGAAGUCGAACCAAAGGAUUAGCCAGGGAUUGGACAUAGUUUAAUUUUCUCAAUAUGGUGGAGCAGCUCCACCAGAUUUAUUUGCAAUUUAUUCAGAUCGAGGUAAGAAGAGUUGAUCUUUUUAGGAUAGUUUUGUGGGCACGAUGAUGUUGCGUAGCUAUUAUGAGAUAUACCUAGAACUAGUUACAAGUUAAUUACGCUAAAUUAAUUACGACCUGAUCCUAUGUUAAUAAAUCAAUUAAAUGACAUGUGAAAAACGA